AUGUCCGACGUCCCACCAACCGAGUCCAUUCCCAAACCAGAGGAACCUAAAGAACCACAACAGUCUCCUCAGCAACCUCAGUUCCAGCAAGUACCUCCGAAUUACUACCAAUUUCCACCUCAAGGUUACUACCCACCACAAGGCUUCCCGAACUACCCUCCUCAGCCUAUGCCUUACUUCCCCAACCCUUGGUUGUUCCAGCAAGCUCCACCCCAGCAAUUCCAAUUCCAAUCUCAAUCCAAGAGAGACCAAGACUUCGAAGAAGGUCUGAACCGCUUACGCAAAGAGUAUGCUACAGCUCCAAUGGAAGACGACAGGCUUUCAGUCUCUUCCCUCAAAUCGACCGAUUCGACUCGUACCACAGAUUCGGUUCGUGACCGUGAAGACUACCUCAAGCAGUCUGAGAGACUCUUCAUCCUACAACCAUUUACAGUUGGAGCUUUCAAGAACAUGCGCAAUUACGAAGGGCAGACACCAGCUGGAGACCGCAAAACAGACGUACUCGCAAGAGCCGUCCAGCUCGUCAAAACAAAGACGGAGAUGGUCGACUUCAUACUUGCAGCUUGCCCUUACAAGUAA